AGCUGUCAAAUUGAGUCGACCAAUUGGUGAUCGAAUAAUACGGAGGGUUCCGACUAAAAGGCGACUUUGCACCUUAGGGCUCGGAUUUUAAAGCUAAAUUCCGCAUUUUUUGCUUCGAACGAUGGCAGCCGCAAGUGCAAGGCUUUUCUCGCGGGUUAAAGAUGGCUUUACCACCAGCGUCCGUUUCGCGAGCUAUGAAUCUACGCGAAAGAACCUGAAGCUCAAUUCGAACUCGAAAGUGAUCUGUCAGGGAUUCACUGGCAAGCAGGGUACAUUUCACUCGCAGCAAGCUAUCGAAUAUGGCACGAAACUGGUCGGUGGAGUGUCCCCCGGCAAGGGAGGUCGCACGCAUCUGGAUCGUCCAGUGUUUAACACAGUGGCCGAAGCCAAGAAAGCCACGGGUGCAGAAGCUACCGUGAUCUACGUGCCACCACCUGGUGCCGCAAAGGCCAUCAUGGAGGCAAUCGAAGCAGAAAUGCCAUUAAUUGUGUGCAUUACUGAGGGAGUGCCGCAGCAUGACAUGGUGAAGGUGAAGCACGCCCUGCUGGCACAGGAUAAGUCGCGGCUUGUUGGACCCAACUGCCCCGGAAUCAUUGCACCCGAGCAAUGCAAAAUCGGUAUUAUGCCGGGACAUAUUCACAAACGCGGCAAGAUCGGUGUCGUGUCCCGUUCUGGAACACUGACUUACGAAGCCGUUCAUCAGACAACCGAAGUCGGUCUUGGCCAGACGCUGUGCGUCGGUAUCGGCGGUGAUCCGUUCAACGGAACCGAUUUCAUCGACUGCUUGGAGGUCUUCCUGAAGGAUCCCGACACCAAGGGUAUCAUCUUGAUCGGCGAAAUCGGUGGAGUAGCCGAGGAAAAGGCUGCCGAUUACCUUAUGCAGUACAACCAGGGCAUCAAAGCGAAACCGGUAGUGUCGUUCAUUGCUGGUCUUUCAGCUCCGCCAGGCCGUCGCAUGGGCCAUGCUGGUGCGAUUAUCUCCGGUGGAAAGGGAGGUGCUCAGGAUAAGAUCAACGCGCUGGAAAAGGCAGGAGUGAUUGUCACGAGAAGUCCAGCACAGAUGGGAAAGGAGUUAAUCAAAGAGAUGAAGAGAUUGGAGUUGGUUUAGACAUAUAAAACACACGCAUAUGUCACCAUCUCCCAGCACGGUUAAGCAAAACAAAACAUAACUCAUAACCACUAAGGUACUGCGCGAGAAACAACCAUAAGCGCAAGGUAUAAAUAGUUAGUUACUUAACGAUACCAACCCUUUCGAUAAUACAAUUAUUAUCUGAUCAUUUUCAUCUCAAAACCCCAACCCCUUCCAAAGCUGUUAUAUCUGCCCGUUAUUGUGGUGUCGUUCAAGGUACGUAAAAGUUACCGCCAUUGGAGGAAAACAGAAUGAUGUUACGAUAUGCAGAGCUGCUUAUAGCGAAAAAUAGACAGAUUUAUUUAUUUAAAUUCAAAUUAAAAGGAACUAAAAGGCACAAUUGGUUUGUAACUGUUUAGGUACUGUUGGAUUUUUUUUGGCUACCACUAAACGGAUCGUCCGAUGCUCCCACCCAGCAAAUGGCGAAGAGUUCUAGAUGUUUUGCCACCGAAACUAACAUAAAUAUGCACCAAUGUGCUUUAUCUGCACGCCAAUUGUGUAACGCAACACUAACGCUCUUGCACCACUGGUCACAAUCGAUGGUAAUCGACGACGAUAUUAUAAAUGUUAGCAGCUUUUUUGUCAUCCACACCAAAUUGUACGAACAACUAAGGCUAAUAUGCACACUAGCUUGAUGUAACAGAAUUCAGUGUGCCCAAAAACAAGGCGGAAAAUUACAACAUAAAAUAGAACAAUACCGGUACGCAAAUCGUGAUCAUGUUGUUAUGGUGCAAUCGAACGCGAAAUAAACGUUAAACUACGAUGAUACGUAUGUUAUUAAUAACAAUUGAAA